GCCCAGCUUUCUAGUCGUGGUGCUGACAGGAGCCCACUGUGCCACUGUGCACUCCCGAGCGUCCUUCUCCCUCCCCCGGACUGAUCUGUGCCCUUCUCCUGUUACCUGUGAAAAUGACAGCCUCUGCCCUUUCUACUUGCAGGAUUAUCAGAAUAGUUUGAAUGAUCUCAAUACAGUUCUCCGGCUAGACUCAAGUAUUGUGGAGGCCAAGAUGGAACUGGAAGAGGUGACCAGAUUCCUUAAUGUGAAGGAUCAGGCAGCAUCACUCAACAAAGAAAAGGAGAGAAGGAAAAUUGAGAUUCAAGAGGUGAAUGAAGGCCAUGAAGAGCUUGGAAGGACCCCCGAGGAGGUCUGCACGUGCUGCCCUGCCUCUGAGGGGGCCACCAACCGUGGGCCACCAGAAUACUACGAGAAACUGCCCAUCUCCAAGCCCAACAAUGCCUAUGAAUUCGGGCAGGUGAUGAACGCUGUCAGUGCUCGAAAAGAUAAAGCAGCCUGUGCACAUCUGUUAGCCAUCACUGAGCCGAAAGAUCUGCCAGCGUUGCUGAGUAACAAACUCGAAGGGGAUCUAUUCCUCCUCCUCAUUCAGUCUCUGAAAAGUGAACUUAUUGGUAAAGAUCCCUCAUUGGUAUAUCAGCAUCUUCUAUAUCUGAGUAAAGCAGAAAGGUUUAAGAUGAUGUUGACCCUAAUUAGCAAGGGCCAGAAGGAGCAAAUUGAACAGCUUUUUGAUGACCUCUCGGACACACCAAACAAACAUUUUACUUUAGAAGAUGUACAGGCCCUAAAAAGGCAGUAUGAGCUUUAAAUCAGGAUUGUUGUUAGAUCUCUUCCAUGCAUGCAUGUGCUCCAGUAACACUAGGGAGACGGUAUUGUCAUACAGUUGCAUGGAUAAAACCUUGCUUAGAAAAGAUCCCUGGGUCUGGACUAUAAAAUAUUUUACUUAUUUUUAUACAUAGAACAUGUAUAUUCUACAAUCUGCUUUUUAUCAGUUGUAAAUAUUUUCUUAUGUACCAGAGCUAACAUCUUUAUAUUUAAUAAUAAGUAUAUUUGGAACUUAUUCAGAUGCAUUUUAAUUUAUAUCAUACAUUUCCUUUAAUAACUUGUUAAAAAUUUGAGUUAAAUUGCAUUUCUUUGGGCUAUGAAGGCAUCCACUUAGGUUUGACAGAAAUAUAUUUCUUUAAAAUGCAUUUUUAAAAGUGAAAAUCAUUAACAGUGAUUAUGUCACCUUUAUUUCCUGCUAACACAUACAUAUAAGUCCCAUUCUAUACUACUUGUAUAUUGCAGUCUGCUAAGAUAAAAUGCAAUACUUAAAUCCAUAAUAUGAAAUCAUUAUUAAAUAAAUUGUGAUUAUCAAUUUAAAGCUA